CCGCUUCCAGCCAUUCCAGUUCUAAGAUGGCGGACCGGCGGCGGAGGAGGAGGCGCGCGUCUCAGGACAGCGAGGACGACGACGAGUCCGGCUCGGGUUCGGACAGCGGGAGGUCCGGUUCUCCAGCGGCGAAGCCCCGAGGCCGAGAGCCCGAGCCGGCCGAGGUGACGGUGGUCCGGGCCGAGGCGAAGAGCGUCGUAGAGUCCGAGUGUGAGAGUGAAGACGGAGCAGGAGAAGCCGUCCUCUCGGAUUACGACAGCGCAGAACCGGAGGAAAACGGCUCCCACUCAGAGGCAGGGGAGGAGGAAGAGGCUUUCAGCGAGGAAGAGGCUGCAGCCAGCGAACCCAAACCCGGCGGCGCCGCUGCUGAAGGUCCGACUCAGGAUGACGGAGAGGAGGAAGAGGAGGAGGAGGAUGAAGGAGGGAGGAAGGAGGAGAGCAAAGCCGAGGAGAAGGGGAACCUGGCAGGAGAGCGGCAGAGCGGAGACGGACAGGAGUCCACCGACGACCCGGAGACGAAGGCGGGGGGGAAACCGGGUCAGCACCUGGACGACGACGAGGACCGGAAGAACCCGGCCUACAUCCCCAGGAAGGGUCUGUUCUUCGAGCACGACGUGCGCGGCCAGACCCAGGAGGAGGAGAGGCCCAAAGGGCGGAACAGGAAGCUGUGGAAGGACGAGGGCCGCUGGGAACACGACCGGUUCCGAGAGGAGGAGCAGGCGCCGAAGAGCCGCGAGGAGCUCAUCGCCAUCUACGGCUACGACAUCCGCAACGGCGCCGGGUCCGGAGAGCGGGCGUUCCGCCAGCGCCGGCCCAGGCAGAGCUCUCCGCCCGCCAGAGACAAGCGGUGGCGAGACGGACCGAGACCGGCCCGGUCCUGGCAGAACCGAGCGGGAGGCGUUCCCCCGCCUUCAUCCGACCCUCCUGCCUCCUCUUCCUCGGCCUUCCCCCCCCUCUCUGCCGCCCAGCGAGGCGGCGCCUCCUUCAGGCCGCCCCCCUCCCACAGCAGACCCCCCCACCACAGCCAAGCGCACCCGUCCUCUCAGCCCGAGUUCAGGAACAACGAAUCCAACGCACCCCACGCUCACCCCAGAGAGCGCCACGCCCCCAGAGCUCCGCCCGACCCGGCGGGGGAGAGGGGCGGGGCCGGCAGGGGAGGGCGGGGCCACGGAGGCAGAGGAGGCUCCUCAGUGGUCAUCGAGGAGGUUUCGGUCAGCCAAUCAGGCGCAGCGGAAGACGAGCCGAGGUCGGCGCCGCCCGCAGCGGCCCAGCCGGGCGGGUACCAGUCCCCGAGACGGCAGCAGCAGGACCAGAGAGGCGGCGCUGACAGAGCCGCCUCCGGAUUGGCUGGCUCCGCCUCUGACCCCGCCCUCCAGUCUUCAGCGGCCAAUGCGGAGGCUUCUCCUCCCGUGGAGCGCCCCGUGGAGCGCAAGUCGUACUCUCUGGCCCGCAGAACUCGCUCCCGGCCCUCGGACCUGGGCAGCAAGCAAGCCUCCGUGGAGGACGCUGCCGCCGCCGGUACCGCCGGUACCGCCUCCUCGCCCGGCGCCAGGGGGGGGAAGUCCUGGGCGGGAGAGGGAGACGGGGCGAGCCAGCCAGGAGGCGGGGGCGUGGCCGAGCUGGACCAGGCCGUGGCCCGGCUCAAUCUGGCCCCGCAGAACUGGAGCCAGAACCCGACGACGUUUAUACGGCCAGAGAUGAGGGGCCUUCCCAGCCCCAUGCACCUGGCCGGGGCCCCGCCUCAGUUCUCCAACAUGGAGGAGAUGGGCGUCGGCUCCAACCGGGCCAAGCGCUACUCCUCCCAGCGCCAGAGAGCCGUGCCGGAACCGGCUCCGCCCCUCCACCUGGGAGUGAUGGAGGGACACUACUACGAGCCGAUGUCGUACCAGGGACCAAUCUAUGCCCACGGAGAAGGCCCCGCCCCCAUCCCCCCCCAGGGCAUGCUGGUCCAGCCAGAGAUGCACAUCCCUCAUCCUGGUCUCCACCCCCACCAAUCAGCAGCCCCCAUCGCUAACCCCACCCUCUACGGCGGCCCGCCCGUCUCCCUGUCACCGGGGCAACCGCCCCAGCAGCUGCUGCCGCCGCCGUUCUAUCCUCCGCCGGGGGUCGUGACCUUCCCGUACCCCACCAUGUACCCCAACCCACCGGCCCAGUCCCAGGUGACCUACGGGGGCGUCACCUACUACGACACCAUGCAGCAGCAGGCCCAGCCCAAACCAUCGCCCCCCCGCCGCACCUCCCAGCCCGUCACCGUCAAACCGCCCCCUCCAGAGGUCCAGUUCGCCUCAGAGUGACUCCGCCCUCAUUUCCUCCCCCAGACUCCGCCCCACCCUGACCUCACAUCCACAGGAGCAGCGUGGGAGGGUCGGUGAGGAGCCGCAGCCUGAACGGGGACCUCCAGCACCAGCGGGGGGGGCGGGGGCCCGAGAGGGGGGGGGGGGUUCUGCAGGCGACCCGCAGCAUCACUGCUGCAUCUGGACUUCCUUUAUUCCCCUUUCAGUUCAGCGGUUUGGACCAAGAUGUCGGCCGGGUUUACAGCAACGUGGAGCGGUUCUGCCGGGGGGGCCGGAUCGGACUCACACCUGUCGGGUGGGUGGGGGGGUGGGGGCGCUUUGGUUUCCAGAUUGACGGUUUUGGGCCUCGCCAAAGGGGUCACAUGACUUCAGUCUGGAUGUGAUCCAACCAUCAGAACUGAACAGUUCUGAGACCCGAUCCAGAAUCCGGCUCAGGUUCUGUCUGGAUCACCAGAACAUCAGAAUCAUUUCAGAUGAAGGAGAUUAAUGAGUUAUUUUCUCCCGGUGGCGACAUCUAGAACCUGAAAACGCUGAUCUUCACGACGCAGAGCUGCUUCAGUACCGCCUCCGUCACUAAACGGCCCGUUGGAGCGGUUCUGUUGGGGGGGAGUGGCUGUAAAUAGAAGCUAACUGUAAAUAAAAGCUGGAAGGUAUGAAAGAGAUGCAGAAGUUAUUGUAAGGCGGAGCGCUGAGCUGUCGGCAGGGACCCGGACCGUUAACGGUUGUUACGACUCGUUUGUCUUCCUUUUAUCAAACCAAUCUUUCAUUUUCAUACGGUUGUUUUUAUUUUUGUUUUUUUUAUUUGUAGUUUGUGUAGCGGCGCCUCGUUGACCGUCUGCUCAACGUUUUGUUUCCAUGUGUUAAACGUUCGGACCGGAGCGUAGCAGAACCCCCCAGACUGAGCCGCUGUUAACCGAUCUUAGUUGGAAGGUUUCCAGGAAAAAGUCUCUUUGUGUUUUAGUUUCUGUCCCGUUUCCGCUCACAUCUCUGAAACGUCUGUGGUUUGCUGUCACAAUAAAGUUUUUCCUUCGGUCCUGAA